UGUGCUUACACGCAAAGACAUUCCUACACACACAUACCUUUCAACAGGCGUCAGACGCACAUUUCCGUCCCGCACACUUCCUGCAAGCAUGGUCUCAACAUCCGUCCCUCUGGCCCCGGGCGAAGGUGCUAUCGUGGAGGUCCGCAGGAGCGUCGGCGGCAAGAUUUCAGGCCCCGAAUUCGAGGCCGCAAAGCAGCGCAUUGCAAACGUGGACUCACUUCUGGGAGCAUGCGUGCAACUGCUCGCGGAUGCGCCAUCGUCGCUCUCCCUGUUCAAGAAGAAGGCCUCCAAGGAACGCCGCGAGAAGGCCAUCGCACAGCUACAGAAGGAGCGCGUAGCGCUGACCGCGGCCCUUGGCAGCAUGUUUGACUUUGCUUCCAGCCGCGGUGCCGAGGCGGAGAUGGCCAUGAGCCGCCUACUCAAGUCAGACCAGGCUGUGCGCGAGGCGCAGGUGGCCAAGGACGUUGCGGAGGCAGCAAUGCGCCGCGUGAACGAGGCGUCCGGCCGCGAGCUGUCGAGCCGUGACGAGCAGCUGGCGGCGCUGCAGAAGCAGGUGCAGGCGCUGGAGGCUGAGAAGCACGAGCUGGAGGGCUCCAUCGCCAAGCUGGUCCGCAGCAAGGAGAGCACCAGCCUCAAGCUCAAGGACCUCACAUUCGAGUUCCAGAGCACCGCGGACGUGGCCGAGCGCGAGAUCCGGCGCCUGCAGGCCGAGCUGAAGAAGGCCGAGGAGGCGCGCGAGGAGGCGCUUACGGCCGCUAACAAGGAGUCCGCUGAGGCGCUGUCGGAGAAGGCCAAGGAGCAGCGCACGCUGCAGCGCCGGCUGGACAGCAUGAAGAGCCUGGCGGACGCCAACAAGCGCCAGGCGGAGGAGGCGCGCAAGCAGGCGGAGGAGGGCGCUGAGCGCGCGCGCAAGCAGGCCGAGGACGCGGCGGCGGCGGCGAAGCGCGCAGCCGAGGCCAAGGCGGCGCGCGAGGCGCUGACGGCUGAGCUGGAGGGCCUGCGGCGCGAGCACGCCAUGCUGCACAGUGCCUUCAUGUCCACGGGCGGUGUGGACAAGCAGCUCGCCGCCAUCCGCGCCGCCGCCGCUUCCUCCGCCACCAGCCUGCGCGUUGGCAGCAAGGCGCCUGCCGGCACCCGCGGCGGCCUGCGCUCGCGCGGCGGGCACUGCCUGCACGCCGGCCCUUGCGCCGCCUCGGCCAAUGACAUCAACCGUCUGGUGGCGGUGCCGUAUGAGGGAUCGAUCGAGGGUCUCGAGGCGGUGGUGCGGCAGCAGAAGGUCUUCCUGUGCACCGACUGCAUCGCCACUGACGGCAGCGGCUUCCUGGGCGCCUAAGCCUCUGUGGGCGGAAGGCCGUGGCGGAAGGCCCAUAAGAUCCCGACACGACAGAACGAAUAAAUCUUGGACUCAAUCGUCUUCUUGGACUACGUAUGUUCUUUAUACCGCUAUAGAGCGCAUGUGCAAAUCUAACAACCCGUUGUGCCCAAGGUUGUGCCCUGAGGUAGUAGGAGGCUUGCGCAAGUGAGAGAUCUUGACGGCAGGAGGCCACAGGGCAGGUAAUAAGGUGAACGAGUGUGAGAAGCAUGUGACAGCGUGUGGGACGGGACAUCACGGUUUUGGCACAGCAGGCGUUUCAUAUGGGGUGGGGUGAUGGGCGGGCAAUUAAGCGAGACAUAGAUACGGCGAUUUGAGUGAACGUGACGCAGGUUUGUCAAGGUCUGUGUCGUGGUGUGCUUGCGACCUUGCGUGGUGUGCGUGUGUGCCUGCACCAAGGCCUGCACCGCCGCCGCUGCGCUAGCCCUGUGACAGCGCCGCUCACGACACACCUGGUCACGUGCACGGCCGCUUGUUGCAUUGGAGCUGUGCUUCUGCCUGUAGUAAUUUGCUGCGGUGUUGACUGUACGAGUUCCCCGAUACCGGUAUCAGUUCUUGCGAGCAGACAGGUCAGAGGUCUGGUGAGAAUAUGGCAGGGUUUGGCUUAUCGUUAGCUUUGCACCAUGAUUGAUUGACAUGGUCAUUAGGUGUUAGAGCAUUAGAAUAAAUGUCACAGGUUGACAGGUGUGCCAUUGUGAGGACAGCUGGCGCUUCAGCACACGCAUGCACCCCUGCGCAUCAGCAAUGGGGCUGUACAGCGUGUGGCCAUGGCGAUCCCAGGAUAAUGUGUUUAGCUUAUUGUUCGUUCUUCAAGUUGUUAAGGUGUGCCAUGUGUCCAGAAGCUGUAAGCCCCCCGGCAAAGGCCGAUGGGGCAAGCGUUAGGGUUGCUCGGGGUCGCGCCUCCAGGCUUAGCCACCUGGGAUGUACGGCAUCACUGGUUGUCACUUGAUGAUGACACGAAGUGAGUUGUAACAGCAAAUUGUG